AUGGUGUACAAGACAGGGCUGGGCUCUGUCGUCCGACGAACGCUCUACACAUCCACACAACCAUUAUCAGCCGCACCCGCCGACCCCCCAACAUCACCCACGGGCGAGCCGCAACCGCAGCAACGCCGCCAAUACCCCUUCACUUUCCACUUUGGCGUAGAGCCGCUCUCACCCUCGCUCGCCUUCAACCCGACAGACCUGCAUGACGGCCUGCCCGUCGGCGUGCAUUGGGAGGUGGUGGGCUACCUCGGGCGGCGCAGCACGCUAGCGGGUGAGCACAACACGCUGUCGGCACCGGGAGCGAACAACAGCAACGACGGCGGCGGGGGUUGGGGAAUGGACAUGAACGGCGUAGUGACGGACACGAGUUCCGCUUCGAUGCAGCGGCGGUCGCGGGCGACGCUGCAUUUUUUGGUCGAGCAUAGAUUGGGCGGCGGGCUGGGUGCUGCUGGUCAGCAGGCGGCGCGCGUCGCCACUCAGGCGUUGAAAGCGCCACUGUUGUCGUUUGGGCGGUCCAGGAACCCCGAGGUGGUGUUGAAAGCCACCGUGGGGAAACCGCUAUGCACCAUGGACGACGAUCUGAAGGUCGAUGUGGAGGUGACGCACCUGCAGCCCUCGCAGAAAGUGCAUCGCGUGCAGCUCAAAGGUCUGCAAGCCGUCUCGAUGCGGUUACCGAGCCGCGACACACUGCAGUUCAAAGCCACCGUCGCGCUGUUCGAAGACAACCCCGCGCCGCGGUACGACCCGGCCGCCAACUCGACCUUCACGGGCUCCUACACGAUGAUGAUGGGCGCGGGCGUCGGUAACCGGCCCAAGAAGAACGAUGUGCCCGCCGAGAUCCCGCUCCUGGACUGGCAGCGGUCGGCGGAAUCGAUGCAGGUGGAGAACAAGAAAGGGUUUGUGGCGUCUACCCCGCCGCCCGUGGACGAUUUGAGCAGGGCGAAUGUCGAGGUGACGUACUCGGUGAAGGUCACGGUCACGAUAGCGGAUGCGGCGAAGGCGUUUGGAGGGAACCAGAGGGAGAUCAGUGCCGUUAUACCCUUUGCGUUAACCGGCGUCGUCGAAGACGAACCCACAGUCCCCACCCUAACCGCGCAACUAACCCGCCGCUCCUCCACCUCCUCCACCACCGUCCUCGCAAACCCCGACCUCCUCCUCCCCCUCCUCGCCGAAACCCUCGACGACCUCACCCAAUCCCUCGACGACAUCGCCGCCCUGCAACACGACUGGCCCUCCCUCCUCACAUCCGACUCGGUCACGGACCCGGCGGACCACGCCCAGGAGCUAUUGGAGAUGUUGGCGCUGUUGAAGGCCCAGAUCGGCGUGUUUGUGGAAGGGUUUGGCGCGAGCGAUGGGAGCGUGAGGUGGCCGAGGAAUCCGGUGCCGUUCAACAUGAUGGUGCUUGAGGCGGAGCUGUUGGUCAGGGCCGGCCCGGGCAGGGCGGCGGGGGGUGGUGGGCCCCAGGUGGGGGAAGGGGAGGAUCUGCCGCCGUCGUUUGAGGAGUCCACCGGCGCUCGGGCGGUUUCGACAGAUGCCUCGUUAUCACGGCCUCCAUCACAACAACCACCAUCGCAAACCCCACCACCAUCGCACCCCCAAUCUCUCACCCGCCCGCUACCAACCCCGUCAACCAUCCCGCACCUCCUCGCCACGAUCGAGCACUUCUUCAAGUCCGCCAAAUCCAUCGUGCUCGCCUGGAUCGCCUCCCGCGGCAGCGGCGGCGGCGGCCGGCACAAGGCAGAGUUUGACGAAAAGGCGCGUGAGCUGGAGGGGAGGGUGGAGGAGUUGAAGAGGGUGCUUGAGCGGGUUACUUUUGCGGGGGUCGGUGGGGGGAUACAAUCGUUACCGGCUGCAUAUGAGAGGUGA